CCAGUUGCUACUAGAGGCAGUAUCCUGUACUUCUUGAUAGUUGAGAUGUCUAUGGUAAAUGUGAUGUACCAGACUUCAUUGAAACAGUUCUUGGAACUCUUUGAUCUAUCAAUGGCUAAAUCUCAGAAAUCCCCUAUUACUGGGAAACGUAUCAAUAAUAUCAUUGAGUAUCUGAAUCUGUCGGUGUUUAGAUACACAGCUCGAGGUCUGUAUGAGAAUGACAAGUUCUUGUUCACCAUCUUGAUGACUCUGAAGAUUGAAAUGGCUGCAGGACGAGUUAGACCUGAAGAAUUCCAAGUCUUUAUCAAGGGUAAGUAA